UUUUAGAAUACAUUGAAAUAUCAUGAAUAUACUUUUAGCAUCGUUGUAGAAGCUAUCGUUAGUGUAUCUAAGCGUAUUUUGAAAAACUUUUGAAUAAUUAAUAGGAAGGAAAAUGUCAGUUCAUAGUGAUCAAUUAAAAGUGUUUUACUUCGGUUUACAUAAAACGACCAACUACUUUUCAUUAUUGGUUAUUUCUAUUCAAGAGGGGUUUAAGUGAAGAACUUCUCAAAUCGACGUACAAGGAUCUGUCCGCAGCGAAAUGGUAAUUUGAGUCAGGACAUUGAACUUGACGGGUGAAGAUGUGGUAAUGUGAUCUUGAGAGUGAACGACUCAUGUAAUGGCGGUGUUGACCGCAACAAGACUAAGAUCUGACCACCAUUGGUCAAUCAUGAAGCAUCUCGGAAACUCCAAGCGACGUCCAAAAGUGCAUUGGACAAUGUAGUAAAUAUCUUGGGAAAAUCUUACCAAAACGACUCAAGCGACUCAAUUUGUAGGACUGUCCAAUGCCUUCUGUCUCGCAAUCUUUUUUUCACCACUAAUCUCAAGGCCUGCAACUUCGUCACUUUCGAUCAAAAGAACUGCCGCUACCGUUAUUUCAUCUUUACCUAGACUUUUUAGCGGUUCCUAUGAAAACCUUAUCCAAGUCAGUCCGUGCAUACCAAUACUUAUUCAAUGCCAAGUUGCAAAAUUGCGGCAUUUGAAUCGAAAAUUAGUGUACAUAAACCUAACAUGAUUGGCGACUUCUGAAUGAGAGUCCGGACAAUGGUCUCGCUAGAAAAUCGAGAGUCAAGAUUCUCUUUACAUCUCCGUUUUUUUCCCCUCCACCGUUCGUUAUUCUGGGAAGGAAUCUUUUGGCAUGCUCCAGCCAAACUUUUUCCUGGCUUGAAUCGUGGUUUGGCCGUGCUCGCCAAGAUCAGCGAGGCAUUUCACCUCACUUUCAAAUGACGAUCCACGACAUAUGCUUAACGGCAUUGCAACUCGAACUGGAGUAGUGCAAGGAGGCUCCUUUGAACAAUGAAGGUGGCUCAUCAUCAUCAAAGGUGUUUCAUGUCAAAAAUCAUCAUUGAAGGAUAAAGUGAGCAUGACGCCAUGAAAUUUGACCGUCAUGAGAGGUGACAAAGUCAUGUGAGACAAGUGCAACAUGGAAGCCCACAACCUAAGCACGGGCUUCCUUCUGUCCCGCAUUUUGGGUGAUAACCGAUACAAUAUCACAGAGUUCGGGUUAUCCAGACCGAAACCUUGGGCCGAUAGUAGUGGUGAGACUAUCGAGAACCUCUCUAAUAUCAUUCCUCAAGCAUUGGUGCAACAACGGAACGAUUCGGCCGUUUCAGAAAGUGUCGGAGAACCUCGUUUGAUUAAAGUGUCGGAUAGUGCAUGGUCGAUAGUGAAGUCCAUCGGGAAACCCAUUGGUAAUCUCAUUUCGUUCUUGACGUCAUCCGGCGAAGAAGAUCAAGAAUCAGAGAGAAGCUCUGAGGACACACAGGAUCGUUUUGAAAAUCUCAAAAACCACGGCAGGUUCAAGCCCCGCCGAGGUAAAAAGAAGCGGCGAUGGAAAAUCCGAUACUAUCAUGAAUACCCCAGAGUGCCCCCUAAAGUUCAUUUCCGAAGGCCGUGGCGUGGCCGACCUAAAAGUUACUUGAUCCAAGACGACGAGAUGUUACCCUCAUCCUCAGAUCAAGAUAUCGUGAGAAGCACCGUGAAAACGAUCCCGAACUACAUUCGGAAUCGGCUUCGACCUCAACCUCUCUCCAAGAACUACAUGACCGCUCAAGAGUACGAUUGGCAUAAAAAAUGGGCAAAUCUGAACUAUUUAGAAUACAUACCUCCAAAACAGUCUCACAAGGACAACAACGAGCUUCAGUACGAGGAUUACGACGAUCCGGGAUACUUUGACCGUGGUCGCGAGAAUUGCGACGAUUAUGAGAUCUGUCAUGACGAAACUGUCGUCGAAAUCGGCGGGCCCAACGGCAAUAAAACGGAUCUUCUCGUCAAGUUUGUUCCCGUCUUUCCUGACAGCACUAAACCCUUGCCAUAUUACAAGUCCGUGUUUCUUCACAAAGACAAAGAUGUGUCCAAAAUAGACGAAGGCCUCGACUCCAUUGCCUUGGGAAGUGACCUCAUUGAGGAAGUGAGAAAUGUGGAGCCUUCCACUCAACAGGAGCUCUCAGAGACACGAGUGCAAUACAGCUCAAAUCGGCCCAAGAGACGCCGCCGUAAACCGAGGCCGGUGAGAGUCCGUCCAUAUCGAAGAGUACAGCGACCCUCAUAUUCACCUCCGACUUAUAGAAGGCGCAGGCCAAGACCCAUCAUUAUCAAGCAUUACGCCAAUAGGAGAGUUGGCACGGCCGUAUCUCCAGGAGUAUUGGCAGCCUUGCCACUAGUCCUCAUAAGCGGCCUUGCCAUCGGAUUCCUGGCCCCGAAUGUGUUCAAUGUCUCCUUGAGCUCGAUCACCAGUGGCACGUCUUCUUCUACGAAUUCCUCAUUGGGUACCAUAGACCUCUUAAACCAGUUCAACAUUGGCGGACCCAACGUGACCAAUAAUAUCUUCAACAACAACACAAAUGGCGCCAGCAAUGUUAAUAAUGACAACGACACUAUAACCAAUGUCAACAUGCCGCGAUACUUUGACAACGGUCCGCAAUUCGCCGACACGUCGUGGUUGGGAUUCGUGGAAGCGGUGGGUCGAUCCCUGUUCUCCAUUCUGGGCACGUCCCCAGGGACAUUUCCUCAUGAUCUAGUCCAAUCCGCUCAACAGGUCACGUUCCCCGAGGUCGUGGGUUCAAUGACAAAUUUGGGGCGGCGCCUGGCGUGCUCAUUGAAGUCUCCUAGGGCGUGCCAGGGUUUGGUGAUAUGUGAACAAAUUCAAGACAAUAAUAAUAUGUAUGGCUCCAACUUGCUUGUGAAAGCAGGCGAAUAUCUUGUUGUGGGCGCAUCAUGGUGGGAUGAGAUCGAUCCUGCCCUGCAAACUAUGACCAAUAUGGCUUAUAUCGCGGCUAGGGAAGACUGUUACCAAGAAUUUAAAGAUUGCAAUGAGACAAUGAUCACAGAGUGCUCCGAAAUCUUUUAGAAUAUAAAUGGGAUUUUUUUUUCGACAAAGAAAGAAGCAAGGUGUUGUUCGUUAAAUCAAUGCGUUUGGCGGACCGACAGACCGAGAGUCCCAUAAUGGGAAUUCAAACAUUUCAAAGGAAGUUCUAUUGAUUGACACAUUGCUUCAAUUGAUACCAAAAGUCGCCCCGAGACCUCCAACGGUGCUGAAGAGAGUUGGUCUGAAUCUUAAGUGAUGCCAACCAUCUCCGUAUUUCGGAAAUCUGCUCCAGAGUAUUUCGAUUACUCGAAGAGGCCAAUGACCUGGUCAAAAGAAGGGUUUAAAGAGGGAGAGAGGAGAAAGAUGCGAUUACAAACUCAGAUAAAUAUUUGUUGUCUCUAUCAUCGCUUUGUUCCUUGAUCCUUCUAUUAGGAGCUAGCAUCCUUCCUCCUUUGUCUCAACUGGAUUCCAAUCAGAUUUUCAAACUCCAGAGGAUCUCUGAACGAUUCCCCCCCAAUGAACCCAAAACCUGCCCCUCUCCACCCCAAUAUACCUGCCUAUUCGACAAUCCAGACACGAAGACGAGUCUGAAACAAAAGGUGGACAACUUAAAACACUCAGGGGGAGACAGGAAAUAAUCUUUAGUCGGAUUGGAAAGGAUACCACGGCGUCGAUUGGAGUUGGGACUCCUAGACGAGUUUUAAAUGUCUUAUUCGGGCCAGACGAGGUGCUCUUGAUGACGAUUUAAAUGCCAGGAGCUACAGGGGAGCAAAUCUAGACCAGGAGGUCGCCCUUUUAUUAAGCUACCAGCUUGGUCUAGACGCGGGGAUGUCUCUGGAUCGGAAGCAUUCGAAGCUAAAAAUGGUAGCAAUGGACUGAGCUGACCUGCGUAACGACCUGUGUCGGUGAGCUUUUAUCUCCUUGAGACUCUGACCGAUGUUGAUGGUUUGAGCAGCAAUGAGAUAAUACGCACCCAAGAGGACCACUGCAUACCACACAGAGAGCGGUCAGAGACCCCUCUGACGACAAAGGUGAAGAAAUUAGGAGCUUCAAGACAACUAAAGAGCAAUCUGGACGAUCGAAAAAAGAGCCCUGAGAGUAACAUCUGUCUC